AUGCCCUUAUCUCAAUCUCCCAUGGCUUCUUCAAUCCCUCACCACUUCUAUCCAAACUACACUCCUGAUUUCAUAGCAAACCAAGGUUUGAUGUCUUCAUCUAUCCUGGACAAUAAUACUAUGAUGUGGGGUUGUCAAGAAAAUAUCAUGCCGGUUUUUGAUAAUUAUGGGACAUAUGAUCAAAUUGUGUCACUUGAUUCUGAUGCUAUGUCUUCUGGUACUUGGGUUCCAAAUUUCGUCGAGCAACAAGAUUUCGCUGUUCCGGCUUUGUUAUCGGAUUGUAAAGUCGGAUUCUAUGGUGGAGGAUUUCAGAAUUUUAAUGGAAGAUAUAGUAACAAUAAUCAGCCACAUGUUGGUCACGAGUUUGUAGAAGAUCAAUGUUGCGGUUUUGUUGAAGAUAUUAAACCACUUCCUACAACUUUUCCUAAUGUUUCAAGAGAUAAUUGGGGGAUUCAAGGUAAUCAAAUAGCAGCAGUUGAAGAACCAAAUAUAAAAGUAGGAAGGUACUCAGAAGAAGAAAGGAAAGAAAGAAUUCUUCGAUAUUUGAAGAAAAGAAAUCAAAGAAACUUCAACAAAACCAUCAAGUAUGCAUGUCGGAAAACUUUAGCUGAUAGAAGAGUGAGAGUGAGAGGAAGGUUUGCAAGAAACAAUGAAAUAUGUGAAGAAGAACACAUGGCCACAAAAAAGCUUGAGAAUCAUCAUGAUCAUAUUAAUGAAGACUUUUAUGGUUCUGAUUCAUUCCAGUUCCAGUUAAAGAAUGAAGAGGAGGAUUGGCUUCAAGAAGCCAUGGCAAGUUUGGUGUAUUUAUCUCAUUCAUCACCAGAAGAUAUAUGA